AUGGCUCGCUGGAAAUGGAUCCUCCUCUCGUUCCUCGCUUGCUUCUGCAGCGUGAGCGAGGCUUACCUGGCCGUCCUCUCCUCGAGCACGCCAGCAGGUAGCAUAGUGUUCGAGGCAGGUGUACCACAGCUUGGCGGACGUCGAAAGUACGAGGUCUCGAACGAAAGAACCGCCUGGUUCGCCACGAAGCUGCUCAAGGUGCACCCGCACACAGGUCGCGUCACCCUUGCGCGACCCCUGAGCUGCGACGGCCUUCAGUAUCCGCGGAUCUUCACCUUCUACGUGGACUCGACCAGCUCCAGGCUAGGCAGACCCACCAUCGACUAUUACAGCCUCCCUCUCCGAAUCUUGAUCACCGGCUGCGGCGGCGAGAAUCGAGAUCUAGCCGCCACCAGAGGAUGGAUGGCGGAGACUUUGGCCUCGUACGCUAUGCCGAGCGCGGAAAGGUUCACAGAGGUCUGCCUUAGAACGUCGCAGCUGGUCGCGGCCCUGAGAGACUUCCUGCCGCAGACAGCGUUGAAGGAGUGCGAGACCAGGUGGGGCGGCGUAGCGGACCCUAGGUUCUUGAUCGAGGGUGCCGCGGGGGAUUUGGUCUCGGCUAGGGAGCAAUGCCUGGUCGAUCCGCUAUGGAAGAUCUCAGUGUCUAUGAACCUGAGGUGCGGCAUGGAUUCGCGGUUAACCGAUGCCGAGCAUCGUUUGAAGAUCGUCUUUCACCAUCGUCAACUGGACGACACGGAUCUGGGCAGACGAGUCCGUCGAGAAUUGAAGAAUCAGUCGCCGUACUUCGAACAGCCCUUGUACGUCGGCCUCGUCGAGGAGGAGAAAGAUCCUGGCGUUUAUGUAAUUUCCGUUCGAGCCAGAGAUCCAGAGGGUGGUACCGUUCGAUACUCCAUGAGCUCUCUGUUAGACGCGCGAUCUCAGGCGCUGUUGGUUCUCGAUCCUGUCUCCGGUAGGGUUACCACUCGCGCCAGGCUAGACAGAGAGAGCGUGGACGUUCAUUAUUUCCGGGUAUUAGCCGUGGACGAUUCGUUUCCUCCGAGAACAGGCACCUCUACUCUCCAAGUGAACGUCAUCGAUACGAACGAUCACGCUCCGAGCUUCGAGUGGCCGGAAUACGACGCUUCUGUCAGGGAGGGUGUACCUGUGGGGUCUACGGUGGUCACUGUGAAAGCGACCGAUCAGGACGCUGGCCGAAACGCCGAAGUCGAGUACUGUAUUCUAUCGACGACCAGCGGCACCGGAAUCGAGACUGCGGACGACGCUUUAACCUUCAGAAUAGACUCGAGAUCUGGCGUGGUUACCACGCGCACGCCUCUCGACAGAGAGAAGACCGAGGUGUACACGGUGAUCUUGAGCGUAUCUGAUCAGGCGACGCCGCCUUCGGCGCGUAAAACCGCGAACGCGACGCUGGUGGUCCAUGUGUUGGACGACAACGACAACUAUCCUCAGUUCACCGAACGUACGUACUCCGUGUGGAUAGCAGAGGACCUCGAUUAUACGGCGAAUCCGGUGAUAGCACGUAUACGCGCGACGGACGCCGACUCGGGGAAUAACGCAGCUGUGCGGUACGCCAUAAUUGGCGGGAACACGCAGAACACUUUUUCCAUAGACUCGAUGAGCGGUGAUGUGGCCCUCGUUAAGCCACUGGAUUACGAGUCCACCAGAAGCUAUAAAAUAGUAAUACGUGCUCAAGAUGGUGGUUCGCCAGCUAGAUCCAACACUACACAGUUGUUGGUACACGUGAAGGACGUUAACGAUAAUGCACCAAGAUUUUAUACCAGUCAUUUUCAAGAGUCCGUUUCGGAGAACGUGCCCGUAGGCUACUCGGUGCUCAGGAUACAGGCGUACGAUGCUGACGAAGGUGCGAACGCUCAGAUAAAGUACACCAUUGGGGCUCGAGAUUUUUCUGGAGCUUCCACGGAGAACUUUCCUAUAACCGUUAACUCGGAGACUCGUGAACAAUGUUCUAGGUACCAGUUCACCGUGAUAGCUGCGGAUUCGGGGGAAGUACCGAAGACUGCGAGUGCUACCGUAAUACUCACCGUGACCGACGUGAACGACAACGAUCCCUACUUCGAUCCAAAAAACUACGAGGCAGUUGUGUCUGAGGACGAUCCUCCAGGCACUCCAGUCACCUCUGUCACAGCCACCGAUCCUGACGAGGACGCCAGGAUACACUACGAAAUUACCGCAGGCAACACAAGAGGUCGAUUCUCCAUCGCGUCUCAAAACGGACGAGGGCUAAUUACGGUAGCUCAACCGCUCGAUUAUAAGCAGGAAAAGAGAUUCGUGUUAACCGUGACAGCAUCUGAUAGUGGUGGUAGAACGGACACAGCUCUCGUUUACGUCAACAUUUCUGACGCGAACAAUUUUUCACCGGUGUUUGAAAACGCGCCCUACUCGGUCUCCGUAUUCGAGGAUGCUCCUGUCGGUACUACGGUUCUAGUUGUCAGUGCGACGGAUUCUGACGUUGGAAAAAAUGCUCAAGUCACAUAUAGCUUAGAUACGGACGGCGGUGAUCCAACGGUGUCCGAAUUUACUAUAAAUCCGCAAACUGGCGCUAUCACGACCACUAGACCGCUCGAUCGUGAACUUAUACCUGCGUAUUUGUUAACUGUUACCGCUAGAGACGGAGGCGUACCUCCACUGUCAGAUACUACCGACGUGGAGAUUUCUGUUACCGAUGUGAACGACAAUGCCCCGGUGUUCGAGGCUCCUCAGUACCAAGGAUCAAUUCCGGAAGAUGUCUUGGUUGGUACUAGCGUUUUAAGGGUCUCCGCGACUGACGCGGACACAGAUCUUAAUGGCAGGGUCAGGUACAUGUUAGACGAGGAUGGUGACGGUGCUUUCGCUGUAGAUCCAACUACAGGAAUAGUCAGGACGGGCAAACCAUUGGACAGAGAAUCCGUCGCGAGGUACACCUUGAAGGCAGUCGCCAUGGAUAGAGGUUCUCCUUCCCUUACAACCGCUGUACCUCUCAUCGUCAAGAUAGAGGACGUGAACGAUUCUCCACCCGCGUUCGAGAACGACAAGAUCGUCCUUUACAUAGCGGAGAAUUCUCCGAUAGGCUCGACAGUCGGUGAAAUUUACGCUCACGAUCCUGACGAAGGGCCAAACGCUGUCGUCCAAUAUUCCGUUAUAGGAGGCGAGGAUUCGAACAGCUUCGCCCUGAAUAUCAGACCAGGCGCGGACCGCGCGGAAUUGAUCACGCUCGAAGAACUGGACUACGAGUCGCCGAAGAAAAAGUUCGACUUAGUCGUGCGUGCCGCCUCGCCUCCUUUGAGGUCAGACGCUAUGGUACAGAUACUGGUCACCGACGUAAACGACAAUGCACCGGUGUUGAAGGACUUUCAGAUUAUCUUCAACAACUUCAAAGACUUUUUCCCAACUGCGCCUAUAGGCAAGAUACCCGCGGUUGACGCAGACGUUACCGACAAAUUAACCUACAUUAUACUGGCUGGUAACAACGCAAAUUUGAUCGACCUGAACAGAACCACCGGUGAGAUCCGCCUAUCGCCACAGUUGAAUACCAACGUGCCACGCGUAGCGACCAUGGAGGUGUCCGUCACGGAUGGUAUCAACGAGGUCAAGGCCACUAUGACUCUUUCUGUGCGGCUCAUCACCGACAAGAUGCUUCUCAACUCUAUCACCGUCCGAUUGGACGACAUGACAGCCGAAGCUUUCCUCAGUCCUCUCUUAGGAUACUUUCUCGACGGUUUAGCGGCCAUUAUCCCCUGUCCCAGGGAAAAUAUCUUCUUAUUCAGCAUACAAGAGGACGCAAAUGUAAACGGGAAAAUUCUGAACGUCAGCUUCUCCGCGCGGAAGGUCGAACCAGGUGUCUCGGACGAAUUUUACAGUCCGCAGUUUCUUCAGGAACGCGUCUAUCUCAACAGAGGCAUCCUGGCGAGACUCGCAACGGUGACGGUAUUGCCCUUCGACGACAAUCUCUGCGUAAGAGAGCCGUGUUUGAAUUUCGAGGAAUGUUUGACGGUUCUCAAGUUUGGAAACGCUUCUGGCUUCGCUAGCAGCGACACUGUACUAUUCCGACCGAUAUAUCCGGUGACAACGUUCGCGUGCAGGUGCGCGAGGGGCUUCACCGGCAGUAAAGAGUCUUACUUGUGUGACACGGAAGUCAAUUUGUGUUACUCGAACCCCUGCGUGAAUGGCGGCACGUGUUACAGAAGGGAAGGUGGAUACGCGUGUUCCUGUGGACCCGAAUUCGUCGGAGAAAAUUGCGAGAUAUCGUUAGACAAGGAUUCUUGUGCUCCAGGGGUUUGCAAAGGUGGUUCACAAUGUACGAUCAAAACUGCAGGUGGUUUCACCUGUGAAGGAUGCCCUGUAACCACUCUAGAGAACGUGACACCGCUCUGCGAGCUUAAAGCUCGCAGCUUUGGAUCUGCAACCUUUCUCACGUUCGCUUCGUUGAGACAGAGACACAGGCUGCACGUUAAAUUACGAUUCGCCACAGAAGCGACAAACGGUCUUCUACUCUAUAACGGCCGAUACAACGAGAAACACGAUUUCAUAGCCUUGGAGAUAAUCGAUUCCCGGGUACAAUUCAGUUUCUCUCUCGGUGAUGAGGUGACUCGGGCGAGCGCCAGUGUACCGGGCGAAGUUUCCGACGGCCAAUGGCACGAAGUGGAAGUCUCCUACAUAAACAAGACCGUGACGAUCUCUUUGGACAAUUGUGACGUCGCUCUAGCCUUGGAAUACGGCGAAAGACUGGGUAAAAGGUGGUCCUGCGCAGGAAGAAGCGAACAAGUGCUCGAAGAACGUUGCAGCAUCGUUACCGAGACGUGUCAUCGCUUCCUCGACCUAACAGGCCCUCUCCAAUUAGGCGGUCUACCCGCUAUACCCUCCAGCUUUCAGAUUAGAAACAAAGACUUCGUCGGUUGUAUCAGCGAUCUUUACAUCGAUCAUGUUUUCAUCGAUCUUAAUUCAUUCGUAGCUGAUAACGGCACCAACCCUGGCUGCCCCGAGAAAACUUCUUUCUGCGCGUCCACACCGUGCAAGAACAACGGCAAGUGUCGAGAGAUAUGGUCGGGGUUUGUCUGCGAGUGCGAGGAGAGCUAUGCUGGACCUACCUGCGCCGACGAAGUAGGCAAACCGUGGAACUUCCACGGCGACGGGAUGCUCAGCUUCAAUCCCCUUCUCAGACCCAUUCAGCUACCCUGGCUAACAGCGCUCAGCCUAAGAACACGAGUGAAGCAGGCGUUCGUCAUGAGUGUGCAAAUAGGGCAGAACAGUUCGACGCUGCUCGAGAUUCGCGAGGGGAAGUUGGUCGCGUUGUUGGACGGCGCGGAGAUCAUACAGACGUGGAGCAACAUCGCCGAUGGAGAGUGGCACAGAGUCGAAAUCCUCUGGCAGAGCGGGCACGUUUCUUUGGACAUCGAUUACCGCAAUAGACCGAUAUCUUCUUCUUUACCAGCGAAAUUACAGGGUCUCUACGUAGGCAGGAUUCUCGUAGGUGGGCCAGAACACUCGAUGAACUCUGAGCUGCCGUUCUUAGACGGCUGCCUCCAGGAUAUUCGUAUAGGGAACAAUCAGAGCGUACUGCUUCGACCGACGGUUCAGGAGAACGUCGCGACGGGCUGCACCUCAGAGGCAGAAUGUAACGUCGACUGUCCGGAGGCAUCGAUCUGCGUGGCCAAGUGGCAGACGAGCGAGUGCGUUUGCGCAGCUGGAAGGGUCGGACGCGACUGCGAGCGCGUCUGUGAUUUGAACCCUUGUAACAACACCGGCGCGUGUAUGGAGGAUGCUACGUCUCGUAGGGGAUACAAGUGUGAAUGCACCUCACCCGAGUAUUCUGGAGAUUAUUGCGAAAUCAAGGCAGAUCAACCUUGUCCUGCAACCUGGUGGGGAUCGCCAGUUUGUGGUCCUUGCCAUUGUGACGAAUCUAAAGGCUACGACCCUGCUUGUAACAAGACCACCGGCGAAUGUUAUUGUAAAGAGAAUCACUAUCAACCGUCCGACGGGAAAGAAUGUAUUCCCUGCGAAUGUUACGCGACAGGAAGCUUCGGUCCCCGCUGCGACACCGAGACCGGCCAGUGUAGAUGUAGAGUUGGCGUGAUUGGACGAUCUUGCACAGCGUGUCCUAAUCCUUACGCCGAGGUCACUCUUCGCGGAUGCGAAGUAGUGUACGACGGGUGUCCGAGGUCCUACGCAGAGGGAUUGUGGUGGCCUAGGACGAAAUUUGGUUUGAUCGCUGUGGAAGAUUGUCCUGACACGGCUGAAGGAAAGACUUCUAGGUCUUGCGACGACAAAUUGGGUGGCUGGCAGGAGCCUGAUCUCUUUAACUGCACCUCAGAAGCCUUCAUAGAGCAGAGACAUCAACUAGGUGCUCUAGAAACCAAGGAUUUGACCUUGAACACUUACGUCGCUGUUAAGAUAGCGAAGGAUGUCCACAGAGCGGUGAAUGUGACCAAAGAACUAUACGGUGCCGACUUGUUAAUCGCAGAGUCCUUCUUAGUUGCACUGUUGCGCUACGAAGAGAGCUUGGUUGGAUUAAAUUUGACUCACAGUCAAGAUAAGGACUACGUGUCCCAUCUGGUUGGAAUUUCAAGCCACAUUUUCAAAGCAAGAUACAUAGAGAAGUGGUCAAGAAUCGAGACUCUCAAUGGUGACACGCCUGACAAAGUUCUGGACGCGAUGGCGAAUUAUUUGAAGACCUUGACCGCCUCCCAACAUGAUACUUUCACAAAUCCGUUUGAAGUAGUCGACACUAAUGUCGUAUUAGGUUUGGACGUGGUAACUUCGGAAAGUUUAUUUGGGUACGAAACAGCAGAGUACAAGGAAGAUCCGUCAGCCUCUACGGCUAGACCAACAGAAGCAGAUCAGAAGGUGGUGUUGCCAGAUACUUCAGAAUUCUUGUCGUCGCCUACUCAUUUUGGUCCUUCGAUUACUUUCCCAAAGUAUAAUAAUUACAUGGCCGAUCCAAAUAAAUUCGACCCGUACUCGAAGAUACGAGUGCCUCUUAGCGUGUUAGGCAUCCAACCCUUGAUGCAGGGAGAGUUAAAUGUUAAGAAAAGUUUGGUCAAUAAAAAGGCUGUGUUGAGUUACGUGCAAUAUAAGCAGUUAGGUGCCCUGUUGCCUGAGAGAUUUGACGAUUCCGUGGCAGUUAGAUGGGGCGUAGAAGUAGCUGUAGGUUCACCAGUCGUAACAGUGUCCGUUCUAAUACCUACCGACAACGGUUACGAGUCUCUGACUGGCAUUCCCCUACAGUCCCCUGUUCAGAUUAGUCUUUGGCUCAGUGAGAAAGACGAGCUGAAAACUAGAACUAAUCCACAGUGUGUACAUUGGAGUACAGUUAGAGGAGGUGGUGAAUGGAGCCGAUUAGGUUGUACUACAGAGGUGGAGGAUGAUUCGCUGUCCUUUGGCACAAUUGUAAACUGCUCUUGCUUUCAACUAUCCACUUUCGCAGUACUGACAGACGUACUUGACCUGGAAUACGUCCCAGAACCGUCUCUUUUAGAAGAUGUAACGAGUUACAGCGCGUUUAUGCUCGCGUUGCCUUUACUUCUAUCCGCUUUGCUAAUUCUGGCCUUGAUACGUGGCGGUGGCACAAAUUCCAAUAGUAUACACAAAAAUUUGGUGAUGUGCGUUUUCUUCGCCGAGAUGUUGUACUUGAUUGCGCUGAAAGCCAGAAGUCCUCUAGUCUCGAAUGAGUUUCCGUGUAAACUGACGGCAAUUGGUCUACAUUACGCUUGGUUGAGUACAUUCUCGUGGACUUUAGUAGACUCCAUUCAUCUCUAUCGUAUGCUGACUGAAAUGAGAGACGUGAAUCACGGACAGAUGAGGUUUUAUUACACAAUGGGGUAUGGCGCUCCAGCUAUCAUAGUAGGAUUGACAAUUGGUGUUAGAGCUGACCAAUAUGGAAACUUUUAUUUUUGUUGGUUGUCAAUUUACGAAACUGUGAUUUGGUCUUUAAUUGGACCAGUUUGCGCGGCAGUGUUCGUCAACUCCUGCAUUCUCGUCAUGUCGAUACGGGCUGCUUUUACUUUAAAAGAACAUAUCAUGGGUUUUGGAAAUUUAAGGACAUUGCUCUGGCUAUCCGUAGCCUCGUUGCCUCUACUUGGUUCCACGUGGACCCUGACUGUUCUAAACGCGUCUGAAAAUUCUCCCAUGUUGUCGUACCUGCUCAGUAUAGCAGUAGUCGUCCAUGCAGCAUUCAGCUUGGUCGGUUACUGUUUCAUCAAUGGCAGAGUACGAAGAAAUCUGUACUUAAGUUUAUUAAGGUGUAUUGGAAAGAAGACACCUCUGUUGGAGGGAAGCAUGGGAAAUGGAAGCAGCAGUCAGAAUGUGAAUGGCCAUUCGCGUUCUGCGUUGGCCUACUCGUCAACGUACAGUGGAGCGGAAUCCGUGUGUAGAAGGGUUCACGUGGGAGUUUCGACGAGCAGUACAACUUCACGAAGUACAAAUAAAACUGGGUCCAGUCCUUAUCGUAGCGAUACACAUUUAAGACAUACCUCGACAUCCACGAGCAACUAUAAUAGCGACAGAGAUCCCUACAUGUCUUCUAGGAGUCACCGAUCAACUUUACACUCCAGACAAGAAGCGACAGAACCACGGAAUCAACGCAGAGAUUCCGAAUCAGACUCGGACGGAUCACAAGCUGAAGGUGGUGGGAGGAGUUUAGACCUUGCGAGUUCGCAUAGUUCCGACGAAGAAGAUGUCACGUCGAGAUCGCACAGAAAUAUGGGCGUUUCGGCGCAGCAACCUGUCACGCACAGUUAUUUACCAAACAUUCACAGCAAUCCUACCGAACACUUGAAUAUACUUUGUUCAAACACGGAACUCUUUCCGAACAUUAAACCCAUUUAUGCGCCUAGGUGGAGUUCUCAGUUACCGGAAGCGUAUUUAUCAUCAAACGUAAUGGACGUACGCGGAAGUCAAUGGUCAGGAGGUACCAUGUCUGAUAACGAGAUGGCCUCGAACAAGACUUCCAGUCCGAACCCACUGCCUUAUCCCGAAAUGAAUUCGCCACAAAAGAGUCAGCCGGAUGAGAAUUAUUCCGAGGGUGAAGAGAAGCUUCAUCACCUGGGAGAAAAGUAUUUGUUCCCAUACACGGCUGAAGAGGAUCACACUGUCUCGCCUACUCCGUACUUGCUACCCAUGUCUUCCCGUAUUCUCGCGUCCAGCAUGAGUCAUCACUCGCAAAACUCUAAUCACGAGAAUAUCAGUGGUUCGGAAAGGUAUGGAAGCUUGAAGAGAGGGCAGAGUCUGCAUGGAUCUCAGCAUGACAACGUUAGCGGUUCGGAGAGAUACGGUAGCUUGAAGCGAGGUAAAAUUACGCCAACUGUGCUGGAAGAUUCGCCGGAGUAUAUUCUACCGAUGAGCGGUAGAAUAUUGUCCAGUUCAUUGACCCACGAUCUCCAGCACAGCAACGAAUUGGCUGCCCUUCGACAGCAGCAACAACAACAGCAACAACAACAAUACGAGCAGACUAUAACAGAGACCGAGAAGGAUACUAAUGCGGAAACGUCGGUAUGA